AUGUGCUACUGCACAUCGGAACGCUACACUCCCUCAGCCUGGACACCUCACACCAGCGACGAGCAAGCUGGCGGCGACAGCAGCAAAGUGCAAGAGCAGCUGACAGACGUCAAGGACAUCGUGGCCUCUGGCCUGGGUUUCGCCGCGCUCCGCGCCGCUGGCGAUGUGGUGGCCUGGGGACGGUCAACGGACAUCUCGCCUGUCCGUCAGCAGCUAAUCGACGUUCAACAGCUCACGGCCGCGGGGGCCGCCUUUGCCGCCCUCCUGCGCGAUGGCCGGGUGGUGUCGUGGGGUGUGAAGGAGUGUGGGGGCGACUCGAGCCGAGUUCAAGCGCAACUGGAGGACAUCCAGCAGGUGCAGGCCUCCGGGGCUGCGUUUGCGGCACUGCGCCGGGACGGCCGUGUGGUGACCUGGGGCCUACCCGACUCGGGAGGGGACUCCGAAGCCUUUGCGACCGCGCUGGUGUCGCUGAACGAGUUCGUGAAGCUCAUGUACAAGUACGAGCUCGCCAUGUGGCCAGACAGCACGGACGAGGAAUUGGCCCGUGUCGUUCGCGUUGUUGAUGCUGCAAUCGACAGGUGGCACCACGCCGCAGGCAACUGGUACAAGGUCUUCCUCUUCAUCGACACACAGGGCUCAGGAACCAUCACCUACGAAGACCUGCGGCGCUUUCUGCGAGGCGGCUACCCUGAUCUUCAUCUCGACACCAAGGAGCUACCAAACGAGGACGUCUACCGCCUAUGGAAGGUCCUGGACCCGAACGCGAGUAUGAGGAUACGAAAGAGCGACUUCCUAGCGCACAUGCGAAG